CCAGCCGCCAACUAAGAGGAGAAAAUUACUCUUACGACACAUCAUCAACACUGACUUCGUCACUCGUUUUUCCGCUGUUUUUUUCCUAUAAAAAUCCCAGAAGAGAAAAAAUCUCUGUGUCAAACUCUCUCCCCACCAUUGUUGAAUCUGUAAACCAAUCUUCACGUUUUAUUUAUUUAUUUGUAUGUGCAUGCAAAGUAUAUGUGUUUAUAUAUGUUAAUGUACUUUAGUUUUGUUAGCACCUGCAUCGGUGCAUGCUGAAAUUCAUUUCAGGAAGUUUGGAGAUUGUUGGGGUUUUUAUGUGAAAGCCAAACCAAACACGUUAAGAAAGAACUAUUUUGUUUGGUUAGUGGAAAAAUGAUGAAAAAAUGAAAUGAAAUUUGGAUAGUGAGUUGGUAUAUAAUAUAACAAUAUAGUUGUUGUUUGGAAGAGAAGAAAGUAAAGAGAGUAAUACAAAAUAUCCGGGAAUUUAUUCAUUAAUGUGUUUGUGACUAAAGAAUUUCUUGAUUUUUAUUAUGAAACUAUUUAGAUUACUUUCUGAGUUUUUGAUAGUAUCAUUCUCUCGCAAAAAGAUUUUAUUGAAAAAAAAAAGAACAGAACCAUUUGAUGAUAGUUCCUUUUUGUUAUGUUAAAUUUCUUGAAAUUGCUUUAGUUCCAGGCUAGUAGUCGAGUUCUUUGAUGAAAAUAUUGACACUCUUCCAAAUUCUCUUUAGUCCUUCUCUCUUUGACAUCCUUUGUAUACAGGUUUAUAACAGAGCUGCUCUGCUUUUUUAUUCAAUUCUCUAUCUCUUUCUUUCUAUGAAGAGACGAUUUGCAUCUUAUCUGCUGUCUAUUUGUUUAACUUAAUUAGAUUGCACUAAAUUCUGAUUCUUGAAUUUGAGAAAAGAACAUCAACCUGCUUCACAUUCUGUUUUAGUUUCCAAACUUAUCUUGGUUAUUAGUGUUGCAUGUUUCUUGCACCAGAAAUGGAAAACUUCAAAGCCCCUUUGAAGGGUAUUGCAAAUGAUGUGCAAGGAAGAGCAGCUUGCUACAAACAAGAUUGGAUUUGUGUUCUUCGUUCGGGACUGGGUAUAUUGGCCCCAACUACCUACAUCUUCUUUGCUUCUGCUCUACCUGUUAUCGCCUUCGGCGAGCAACUGAGUAGAGAUACUGGUUUGUCACUGUUACAUUAAGCAGUUUGCAGCUAGUAUUUCUUUUUCUAUUACUUACAGUUUUAAAGCAUCCAAUGACGAAGUUGAAACUAAUGUUUAACAUAUUUUUGGAUGUAGAUGGGAAUCUAAGCAUGGUAGAAACCUUGGCAUCUACUGCCCUUUGCGGCAUUAUACACUCAUUAUUUGGUGGUCAACCUCUUUUGGUUCUGGGAGUUGCCGAGCCAACAGUUAUAAUGUACACAUAUUUGUACAACUUUGCCAAGGGAAGAAAAGACUUGGGGAAGGAACUUUACUUGGCUUGGGCUGGAUGGGUUUGUGUUUGGACUGCUCUCUUCUUGUUUCUCCUUGCAAUGUUCAAUGCUUGCACAAUAAUUAAUAGGUUCACAAGGAUAGCGGGCGAACUUUUUGGCAUGUUGAUUACUAUUCUGUUUAUUCAAGAGGCCAUCAAGGGAGUUGUGAGUGAGUUUGAAAUUCCCAAAGCUCAAGAUCCAACAUUAGAAAAGUAUCAAUUUCAAUGGCUUUACACAAAUGGAUUACUUGGAAUCAUAUUCACAUUUGGCCUUCUCUAUACUGCCUUGAAAAGCAGAAGGGCCAGGUCAUGGUGGUAUGGCACAGGAUGGUUGAGAAGUUUCAUUGCCGAUUAUGGUGUUCCUUUAAUGGUUGUUGUGUGGACAGCGCUGUCUUUCAGUGUACCAAGCAAAGUUCCAUCUGGAGUUCCCAGAAGGCUCUUUAGUCCUCUUCCUUGGGAAUCUGCAUCAUUAAAACAUUGGACUGUAAUCAAGGAUAUGGGAAAGAUCCCUCCAUUUUACAUCUUUGCUGCCUUUAUUCCAGCUGUGAUGGUUGCAGGACUUUACUUUUUCGACCACAGUGUUGCUUCACAGAUGGCACAACAAAAGGAGUUCAAUCUUAAGAAUCCUUCUGCAUAUCAUUACGACAUCUUGCUGCUGGGAUUCAUGACUUUGCUUUGUGGAUUAAUUGGCCUUCCCCCUUCAAAUGGAGUCCUACCACAGUCUCCUAUGCACACCAAGAGCCUUGCAGUUCUCAAAGGGGAGCUAAUCAGACGUAAGAUGGUGGAGAGUGCAAAAGAAAGCAUAAAGCGGAAAGCUAGCAACUCUGAAAUAUAUGGCAAGAUGCAAGCAGUCUUCAUAGAAAUGGACAGCAGUUCAGAAACUACAGUAGUUAAAGAGCUGGAAGACUUGAAGAAGGUUGUUAUGAAAGGUGAAAACAAAGGAGAAAAUAAGAAGGAAACAUUUGAUCCUGAAAAGCAUAUUGAUGCCUACUUGCCUGUCCGAGUCAAUGAGCAGAGAGUGAGUAAUCUUUUGCAGUCACUCCUAGUUGCUAUAUCAAUAUGCGCUAUGCCUGCAAUCAAGUUGAUACCUACAUCAGUUCUUUGGGGAUAUUUUGCUUACAUGGCCAUUGAUAGUCUACCUGGAAACCAGUUCUGGGAAAGGAUGCUACUUCUCUUCGUUACACCUGGCAGGCGAUACAAGGUCUUGGAAGGAGUUCAUGCUUCUUUUGUGGAAUCAGUACCAUACAGAUAUAUUUUGUUGUUUACACUCUUCCAAUUCAUAUAUCUCCUGCUGUGCUUUGGAGUGACUUGGAUUCCUAUUGCUGGAAUCUUGUUCCCUUUGCCCUUCUUCCUUCUCAUCAGCAUAAGACAGUACAUUCUCCCGAAGCUCAUUCAACCAAAUUAUCUGCAGGAACUUGAUGCAGCUGAAUAUGAGGAAAUUACUGGUGCCCUUCCAAGAUUAUCCCUCAGCCACUCUUUCAGGGAAAAUGAGACACCUUGUCCUGGGAACGAGGAGGAUGGAGUUGAAAUGUUUGAUGCUGAGUUAUUAGAUGAGUUGACAACCAGUAGAGGGGAGUUGAAGGUCAGAACUGUUAGCUUCAGUGAGGACAGGAAGGGUCAGUUAGGAUGUUAAUUGGUUCUCUUUAAUGAAUUCUUAUCAUGCAUGAUCUUUCUAUGAAUUUAUAUAA